UAUGCCUACCGUUCAAAAAAGGGCAGAUGGUAAAGAAUUUAUUAGGAAAAAGGGUAUAUUGGGCGGUUCUACAUCCGUUUUAACCGCUGUAGCGAAACUUAAGAAGUCAACAAAGCAAAAAAAAAAGCUGCCGAAACUAGCUAAAGGUUCAAACAGUACAGAUGGUUCUACGAAGAAAAAGCCAGGAGGACAACUAAAGAAAAGAGAAUCUAAGACUAAGCUACCUGCAAUAUCGCAAGAGGCUGACGAGAAACUUGACAAUGUCGUUGAAUUCUUAGAUAAUGAAGAAGCGAAUGAUGAUAUAAUUAUUCUUCCAACAAUUGAUUGCGUAAUAACCCUAUCAAAUGAAGAAAAUGAUAUUUUAGACAGGGAAAUUCGUAAGAUAUCCAUUGAUGGUGGAUUCGAUCAAACAUGUUCUACUCAAGAGAGAAAAGCUUUGGUAGGUGAGCUUCAUGAAAAAGAAAAGAAGAUUUGCGAGGAUCUUCAAUCUGCUAUUGCAGCAAAUGAACCAGCAAAGGAAAGUCAAUGCUUGCAGAGAUUAGGAGAUAACUUUCUACAUCUUGCAGUUCGUGCUGAAAAAGUUGAGUUCUACAUACACGCAGCUGCAAUGUAUAACUCUGCAAUGAACAAAGAGAAGAAUGGAAAUAAGCAGUAUCAAAUAUUAGCGAGAUUAAUUGAAGUACAAAGAAGAUUUCUUCAGAGUGUACCCUGGAAACGUUCGACAACUAUGGAUUGGAAAGACGAAAAUAUUGAUAGAUCUUGUGGAGCCUCUCUUCGUAAGGAAUUGAAGCAUAUGAGAGGCAUUAUUAGUGAAAAAUUGGAUAAGCUGAAUAAUUUGUGGGUAAAUUUAGACUUGUUUGCUGAGAAGCCUGACAGAUUAAAUUUAGAAAAGGAGCUAAUCGAUCAAACUCAUAGAGUAACUCAUUGUACUAAGGAUGAUCUUAAAGCAUGGUUUCAUAAGAUUAUCUUAUCUUGUAGGAAAGCUCUAGGAUCACCUCCGUGUAAUUACGCAAUAAUAGGCGUUGGAGCGCUAGCAACUGAAGAGGCUACACCAUUUUUUGAUCCUGAGUUUAUCAUUAUUGUUGAAGAUGAAAGCAGAAAGACAAAAGAUUAUUUUACAUACUUAGUCCAUCUUAUACACAUUAAAAUUUUAUCUUUGAGAGAAACGCCACUUCCGGCAACUGGAAUAAAAAUUGUUUACGACUUUUAUAAUAGAAAUUUAUACGCCUUUCCAGAUUUAUCGACUGUCAAUGGAGUCAAAUUUGAUUAUAGUAGUACAACAGCUAGUAUUACUCCAUUUUCUUUAAAUAAGAACAGAAGAAUAUCAAAGAUAUUGGGCGAAAACCAAUUAACUUUCAUUAAAACUGCUAAUUCUAUGGCGAAAUUGCAGACACUCGACAAUUCGAAGGCUUUAGGUGAAAUAAUAGCUACAAAACUAUUAACCAUCACUCUGCUUGACGGUGACAAAGAGCUAAUGGAAACCUACGAUAAAGCUAUGAUAACAAUAUUAGCCCAAAAGAUUAAUGACAAUUCUACAAUUGGGGGGGAGAGAGCUCAAAUUUUCUGGAAUAAAAUGGUUCGGAGCGUCCAAUCCCAUCCAGAUUCUGGGAGGCCUGACGACUGUAUAGAUUUGGUUCAUGCUGUUCAAAAGGAAUUGGAGAUGAUAUCCUUAUCAAUGUACGCUUUGAAAUUAUCUUAUAGGUUAAAAGCGAAAGCACCUUGUAAUAUAACACAGGAAUUAAGAACCAAAAUGCUUGUAUCUGAUAGCGGAGAACAUGAUCUAAAAUUAGCAUGGUCGGUAGCAAGGUUCGUUAGACUAAGAGUUCAUUCACUGAACCAAAGUCAGAAUCUAGUAAAUAAGUUAUUAGAAAACGAACAUUUAGAUAUGUCUAAACACGUCUUCUACUUAAAAAAUGAUGCACCUCUACAUAGAUAUUACGCAACGCUGUUGCCACUUUUACAAGUCUACUCGAAAGAAUCUAUAUUAGCCAGAUACGCUCUAAAAAAUAUAUCUCUAUUUAGUACGGAACAUAAUGUUAAAGCUCACGUAUCUAUAAGACUAUUAAGGUACGAAGAAGCCUUGGAAGCUUACGAGAAUCAUCUUGACGAAUUAAAUAAAGACAUUCAAACGUCUGACGUAAAGGACGAAAUUUUUGACAUUCAUACUAGAAUGGGUUUGUUAGCCGUUAGUUUAAUGAGAAGUAAACAAGCAACUGAAUACCUAACAAAGGCUUUAGAUUCAAAAGAAUUAAUAUUGGAUGAUGAAAAGCGUGCUAGUGCAUUUGUCGAAUCAUGGCAUAAUUUAGGCCUAACAUACCUACAAGAUGGAAAAUUUGAAAAAGCCGCAAAAUAUUUUAAAGAAACAGCUCGUCAUUAUAAAGAGAACAUUUGCGAAAAUGAAAUAAGUGAAUUAAUUGUAAGAUCUGAAAUGAAUUUGGCUAGAGCUAAAUGGAAGCAAGGAAAGUUAAGUAAGGCUAUUGAGGCUUUUAUGAGAGCUGCUGAUUCCAGAAUUCAAAUGAGCGGUGAAACAAUAGAUGUCGCUGAAAUUUACUUGAAUAUUGCUACAAUUAAACUAAGAGUUGCUGAUUUUAAAGGAGCUAUAUCCUAUUCAAGACAAUCUCUAGAUAUUUAUCAAUUAGUUGUUGCCGGUCACGCGCCAUCCUUUCAAGUUUCUAUUGCGAUGAGAUUAAUGGGAAUAUCAUUAGAGCAUUUAGGAAAGCCAGCUUUAUCUCAUCUUUAUUGUAUGCAUAGUCAAAUGCUAAUGAACGCCGUUACAGGCGAUGUGUCUGAUAAAGAAAGUGAACACUUUCAAGUUGGAGGAGAAUACUGGCUACCUCAAAUGGCUAGGGUUUUAUAUCAUUCUGGAAAAACUGCAUUCCAACAGCAAAAAUUUGACGACGCGUCAAAAUUAUAUUCCUUAUCUGAGAGAGUUUAUGAAAAGAUUUUAAGCGUUACACCAACGAAUUGCAAUCUAGAUUAUGCAAUAGUCCAAAUGAAUAAUGCAGCAGCUUGUGAACGAUUAGAAGCCCACGAUUUGGCAAAGGCUAAGGCUGAAGCAUCUCUGUCCAUGAUAAAUAAAUUAUUCUAUUCAAAGACAAAGAAAAAUUCAGUAAAUAAUGUCUAUAUAGCAAGAAUUAGUUUGGUUUAUGGUUCAAUUUUGUCAAAUUUAAAAGAGCAUGAUACCAGUAAAAAGAUAUUACAAUCAGCUUUAUCAAUAUUUAAGAAAGAGAUGCCACCUUGUCCAGAACUGGCCGUUGUACAUGAAAAAUUGGCAGAAAUACACGCCUCUAAUAAAGACUGGAAUGAGGCUCAUAAAUUUCAAUCAGGAUGCUUAGAUGUUUCAAAAACUGUGUUCGGAGACAGCCACCCAUUGGUCGCUAAUUCCCGAAGAAUUCAAGGUCAAUUCUUUAUGAAGCAAUCGAAAUUUUUGGAAGCUCUUGACUCUUUGGAAACGGCUAAAUCGAUUAUGGAAAAAGUUAAUGGAAAAAAGUCAUUGACCUUACCUUUCGCUGAUAUUCUUUUCGAUUUAGGCCAAGUAUAUAGGGAUUUAAAGAAUAAGGAAAAGGGUGAAAUCGCUCUAUUGCAGGCACUUAAAAUAAGAAAAUCUGUGUAUGGAACUUUACCACAUUUAGAAAUUAUAGCAUCUCUUUCUGCAGUUGGAGAUUUUUAUAAGCAAUUCGAGGAAAUUGAGAACGCCAUUAAAUUUCACAAAGAAGCCUUUGAUCUACUAAAAUUAGGCAAUUAUGAUAAUACGAGCCUAGCGAAGGCUUCGGCGACCUUAGCCCAGGAUUAUCUUUCUUCGAAAUUCUAUAACGACGCCCUUCACGCAUUCGAUUAUGCUAUUGAAAUGAGAAGGAGGGCGCUGGGAGAUUCUUCAGCCGAAGUUGAAAUAGCCAAAUGGCUAAAACUGUUGGCUGAUACAUAUAAUAAUUUAGGCCAAAAGCAAAAAGCAAUAGAAAUACAUGCAGAGUCUUUAAGAAUUAAGAGAAAAGGUGGCAAAGACGGAGACCACGAUACUAUACAAUCUUUAACUCAUAUUGCCAAAACAUAUGAGUCAAGCGGAAAUUUGAGAUUAGCAAUAUCACUUCACAGGAAGUCAUUGGAAAAAUUACAAAAGCUUUAUAAAAAACCUAAUAAAGACAUUAUGGAAUGUGUAAAAUCAUUAUCCAUAGCUUAUUACCGACUUUCAGAAAAUGAGCAUGCCUUACAUUAUGCUAAGAAGUACUUGAAUCUUUUAGAGAAUUUAGAUAGUACGAAUAAUGAUGAAAAGAGUUCCGCUUUGGCUCAUCAAGCAAGAAUUUAUAUGAAAUUAGGCAUACACGGAAAAAGUAAAGAAUAUUUUGAAAAAGCCCUUGAACUAUUACAAUACAGUGGUAAGGGCCAAAGUUGCGAGUCAGUACUGAUAUUGAAGGAUCUCGGCGGAGCGCAGAAUAAAGCUGGAGAUUCCGAAGCUGCAAUAGAAUCAUUAAACAGAGCAGUAGAAAUGAGCAGAGCUAUCGGCAAUAGGCGACAGAUUAAAUUACUAUUGGCCCAAUCCCUUAAUAAAUUAGGUGAAGCUUACGAAUCUUUACCGAAUUUAUCAUUAGCUCACAGGAAUUACUCUGAUUCUUUACAAUUAUUUAAUUCUUUACGAAAGGAUAGUGAAGAAUUGCAGUUAGAAGUUGCUAGAUUAACUAGGAACUUUGGAAGGGCUGAAUGCAAUAUUGGAAGAUAUGAAAAUGGUAUUGAAAAUAUUCAACAUUCAAUUAAGCAGUUACAAAAGAUAUACGGAGAAGGUGCAACAACUAAGGAACUUUCGCAAGCUCAACACGAACUUGGUAAGAUGUUUGUAGCUGCCAAGAGAUAUAAGGAAGGCCUAGAAGCUCUCAAUACGUCGUUAAAUAUGAUGAAACAAGUCUACGGGUAUCAGGCUGCAAACUUUUAUAUAGCAGUUUGUCUUGGUGAUAUUGCAAGUUGUGAAGAAGUUUGCGGUAGAUUAGAAGAUGCGCUUGAUAGUUAUAAAAAGAGUAUUGGCAUGUAUGAGAAAUUAAAUGUUGGCGACUGCGAUCAUCCAACAAUAGCCGAACAUACUCUCUCCUUGGCCAGAAUAUCAAUGGGAUUACGGGAAAAGGAAAAUGCUCUUCAGUACUAUAAAAGCGCCUGCCAAAAGUUACUAUCCCUAUACGAUAAUUAUCCUAAUGCUCCAGCAUUUCAAUCUGCUCUAACAGAAUAUAAAAAAGCACAAGGAGCAAGUGUUUAA